AUGGAGCUGUCGUUAUUUCGAAUAAUAGGUUUUCUGUCACUGUUCCUGCUCACCGUUGUAACAGCCCAAGAUUAUUACGGUAUUCUUGGUGUUAGUAAAGACGCCUCUGAGAAGGAUAUCAAGUCUUCUUACCGGCAGCUGUCCAAAAAAUUCCAUCCAGACAAGAAUCCCGGCGAUGAGGAAGCGCAUCACAAGUUCAUAGAAGUCGGAGAAGCUUACGAGGUAUUGAGUGACGAUCAAAAGCGUAAGAUUUACGACCAAUAUGGAGCCGAUGCAUUGAAAAAUGGUGGACCAGGAGGACAGGGUGGUCCACGCGGAGGUUUUGGAGGUGGAUUCCAAGACCCGAUGGAUAUUUUCGAGCAAAUGUUCGGAGGCCAUCAUGGAGGUGGCAGAGGCAGACCUCGCGGCCAUAAUCUCGAAGCUAGAGAAGAACUCACACUCAAAGAGUACUACCAAGGGACUACGCUAGAUUUUACACUGAACCUGAACGAUAAUUGCGACAAUUGCCACGGAUCAGGUUCGCAAGAUGGAAAGACUUCCCAUUGUCCUCAAUGCCAAGGCCAAGGUGUUGUUAUUCAAGUGGUAAGAAUGGGUCCUAUCACGCAAAAACUGCAACAGAUAUGUGGCGCAUGCCAGGGCAAAGGCCAGGUAAUCAAAAACAAAUGUAAUCGCUGUAAAGGGGCCAAGGUUGAGAGAAAGGCUAAGCCUUUCCAUGUAGAAGUUCCCGCGGGCGCUCCUAGAGACUUUGUCGAUGUCAAGUCUGGGGAAGCGGACAAAGGACCCGAUUUUGAUGCCGGAGACGUUUUCAUCAAGUUUUCAGAAUCUUCUAAAUAUAAUAUGGGCUACAGAAGACGAGGUGCGAACCUCUUCCGUACUGAAGUUUUGAGUUUAGCCGAAGCGCUGAAGGGUGGAUGGGAGCGAGACGUAGACUUUUUUGACGAAAACAAAAGAGUCCAUUUAGCUCGCAAACAAGGUGUCCCUGUAAAGCACGGCGAAGUGGAGCGUUUUCCCGGGUUUGGGAUGCCUCUGGACCACUCCAAUUCUUUUGGCGAUCUUUUCGUGGACUACGUCGUCGUAAUGCCUCACAAGUUGAACGCACAGCUGAUAAAAGACGAAUUGUAA